AUGACAACGAACUCAUCAGAACAGGUACACGAACCAGCCGACUUAUCGUUCAAUUCGAAGCCGAUCGGUGAUUUAUUUGGACAAUUGCCAGUCAAUCCAGACAAUUUUGCUCGUUGUUUAUUAUCCGAAGAUCAAGUUGCGUUUUACAGAGCCAACGGAUACUUGAAUCAAGUGCGUGUCUUAACCGAUGAACAAUGUAAUCGUCUCAUCGAUGAAUACAAACGAUUUCUUCUAUGGAGUGAUCAUCAUCAUUCGACUCAUGGGAAAGAUGAUGCACAUCGAUUGGAUUUUCCGGAAAAAGAUCUUCUCUACGAAUACCACUCAAAUCAAAGCGCCGAUCCCAAUCAAGUCGUUACACACAUGUUAGGUCAUUGGAGAGUUUCACCUUUAUUUCACGAUCUUCUCUUUCUACCGGCCAUUACAGUCGCAACAUCGCAAUUACUUGCCGCCGUUCAUCCAUCUCAACAAACAUUACUUCCUGUUCGUUUUUGGCACGAUCAAUUAUUUGCUAAACCGCCACAACACGGCGGAGAAGUCGCCUGGCAUCAAGAUUACUCGUACUGGACACGUACAGAACCGAUGCAACAUAUCACAGUUCAUAUUGCAUUAGAUGAUCAAACAGAAGAAAACGGUGCAAUACAUUAUGUUCCUGGCUCGCAUCAUUGGCAUCGGAUCGAAGAUGGUAGAGAAGUACCACUGCCCAUCACAGAUAUUGAUUUCAAAGAUAUGGAAAGUAUUAAGAAGGUUUUAACCAGUGAAGAACUUGCUCAAUUUCAACCAUUACCUGCCUUAUUGAAGAAAGGUCAUGCGUCAUUUCAUCAUCCACUUACUGUCCAUGGCUCAUAUGCAAAUCGCUCAUCACAACCACGACGUGCAGCUGUAUUAAAUUAUUUUGUCGAAGGCACACGAAGUGAUACCGAUGAACCACUUCUAAAAGGUAUACCAGCUGUUCUGCGUGGCGAACCUUUAAACAACCGGUUCUUUCCGUUAGUUUUUGAUCCAAAAUGGAUGUAA